AAUUUAAAUAUUAUUAGCAGUUGACAAUGGCGUUAAUCAAACAAGUAUCUCUGGCAUCAGUUGACGUAUAAUUCAGAACGCCUUCAAGAAAAAAAAAAAAGAAAGGAAAAGAAAGAAAGAAGCUGUUGAGAUUUUCCAUUUUGUCGGAAUUACCUUACUAAUAGUCCUUUACAGAACUAGCUCUCGUACUGUGUUUAUAAGGGAGAUUGAGUUUUUGGGUCUGAAAGUUUUCUGGGAUUUGUGUUGACCAACUGUUUGUUCAAAACACUGGUUUCACAACGUUGCAAAGUUUGAAGCUUUUCUUCAUAGCUUGAUUUGGGGAAGCUCAUUUCCUUUUUCUGGUGGCAAAUUCUUUCCAUAUUCCAGGAAUUUUUAUGUGUUUGGGUUGUUAACGAAAAUGGGUGGAGGUAGAAGAAAAAAGCAACAGUUUAGCAGAAUCCAUGCCUUUCAUUGUGGAAAGGCUUCGUUUAAAGCAGAGGAGCACUCACUGAUUGGAGGACCUGGGUUCUCAAGGGUAGUCCAUUGUAAUGACCCUGAAGGCUUUGAAGCCAGUCUUCUCAAUUAUGGAGGCAACUACGUAAGAACAACAAAAUACACAUUGGCAACUUUCUUACCCAGAUCAUUGUUCGAACAAUUCAGGAGGGUGGCCAAUAUAUAUUUCCUCAUUUGUGCAAUAUUGUCGUUUACACAACUUUCUCCUUACUCACCUGUGAGUAAUGUCGUUCCUCUUGUCGUUGUGAUGGGAGUUACUAUGGGGAAAGAGAUUCUUGAAGAUUGGAGGCGAAAACAGCAGGAUAUCGAGGUGAACAACCGAAAAGUGAAGGUGCAUUAUGGUGAUGGGAAUUUCAAAGAUACCAAGUGGAAGAAUUUAAAAGUUGGAGAUGUAGUAAAGGUGGAAAAAGAUAACUUUUUCCCUGCUGAUCUCAUGUUACUCUCAUCAAACUUUGAGGAAGCAAUUUGUUACGUUGAGACAACCAACCUUGAUGGGGAGACUAACUUGAAGCUAAAACAAGCAAUGGACGCAACUGCGAAUUUCCAUGACGACUCUAGCUUCCAAAACUUUAAGGCAGUUGUCAGAUGUGAAGACCCUAAUGCCAAUUUGUAUUCUUUUGUUGGUAAUUUGGAUAUUGAAGGACAGCAGCUCCCUCUUUCUCCUCAGCAGCUUCUGCUCAGGGACUCAAAGCUAAAGAACACAGAAUUUAUUUAUGGGGUAGUAAUCUUUACUGGUCAGGACACAAAGGUUAUGCAAAAUUCCACACCACCACCUUCUAAGAGAAGCAAAAUUGAAAAAAGGAUGGAUAAGGUUGUGUAUUUCUUGUUUCUUGUCUUGGUGGUGAUGUCAUUCAUUGGGGCGAUUUUCUUUGGCGUUGCAACUGAGGAGGACCUUGAUAAUGGAAGAAUGAAAAGAUGGUACCUAAGACCAGAUGACACCACAGUAUACUAUGAUCCAAAUAGGGCACCAGUUGCAGCAAUUUUGAACUUCUUGACAGCCCUCAUGCUGUACAGUUAUUUGAUUCCCAUUUCCUUAUACGUGUCGAUUGAAAUAGUCAAAGUUCUUCAGAGCAUAUUCAUUAACCAGGAUCUCCAUAUGUACUAUGAGGAAACAGACCAGCCAGCAAGAGCCCGGACCUCGAAUUUGAAUGAAGAACUUGGCCAGGUUGACACUAUCCUUUCUGAUAAGACAGGAACAUUAACUUGCAAUUCAAUGGAAUUCAUCAAGUGUUCCAUUGCCGGGAUUGGUUAUGGGCGUGGAAUCACUGAAGUUGAAAGAGCCAUGGCUAAGAGAAUGGGAUCACCAUUGAUUUCAAAUGAGAUUGAAGAAGAAGGCCACAUUGAAGAUCUCACAAAAUCAAAGCCAACCAUUAAAGGCUUUAAUUUCGUGGAUGAAAGAAUCAUGAAUGGUAAAUGGGUUAAUGAACCUCGUGCAGAUGUAAUCCAGCAGUUUUUACGGUCUUUGGCUAUAUGCCAUACAGCAUUACCUGAAGUUGAUGAAGUCACAGGAACAACCUCAUAUGAAGCUGAAUCGCCUGACGAGGCAGCAUUUGUGAUUGCAGCAAGAGAACUUGGAUUUAAAUUUUAUGAAAGAUCCCAUACAGGCAUUUCAGUGCAAGAGCUAGAUCCCUUCUCUGGCAGGAAAGUUAAAAGAGAUUAUAAGCUUUUGAACAUCCUGGAGUUUAGUAGCUCAAGAAAGCGGAUGUCGGUGGUUGUAAGAACUGAAGAGGGAAAGAUACUUUUGCUUUGUAAAGGUGCUGACAGUGUCAUGUUUGAAAGACUUGCAAAGGAUGGUAGACAGUUUGAGGAGAAGACUAGAAGGCAUAUCGAUGAGUAUGCUGAUGCAGGACUGAGGACAUUGGUUCUUGCCUUCCGUGAAGUUUCUGAAGAAGAAUACAAUGAAUUCAGCAAGGCAUUCAAUGAGGCUAAGACCAUAGUGAGUGCGGAUCGGGAAGAUUUGGUAGAGGAGGUGGCUGGAAAAUUUGAGACAGAAUUAAUUCUUCUGGGUGCUACUGCUGUUGAAGACAAAUUACAAAAUGGGGUGCCAGAAUGCAUAGACAAACUUGCUCAGGCUGGAAUUAAAAUAUGGGUAUUGACUGGAGAUAAGAUGGAGACGGCAAUCAAUAUUGGGUUUGCCUGUAGUUUGCUUAGACAAGAGAUGAAGCAAAUAAUAAUUAGCUCUGAGACUCCUGAAGCGAAAGCAUUAGAGAAAGGAGAGGACAAGUCUGCUGCAUCCUCGGCACUUAAAGCAAGUGUCAUCCAACAGAUAAGUGCAGCAAAGCAGUUGCUUACUGUAACAUCUGAAAACUCAGAGGCAUUGGCUUUAAUUAUUGAUGGAAAGUCACUUACUUAUGCUUUAGAGGAUGAUGUUAAGAACCUUUUUCUGGAGCUUGCCAUUGGCUGUGCUUCAGUUAUAUGCUGUCGUUCAUCUCCCAAGCAGAAAGCACUCGUUACAAGACUCGUUAAAAUUAAGACUGGUAGUACAACUCUUGCAAUUGGUGAUGGGGCAAAUGAUGUUGGAAUGCUUCAAGAAGCAGAUAUUGGAGUUGGUAUUAGUGGCGUUGAAGGAAUGCAGGCAGUCAUGUCAAGUGACAUUGCAAUUGCACAGUUUCGUUUCUUGGAACGCUUGCUACUCGUACAUGGUCAUUGGUGUUACCGACGGAUAUCAUCAAUGAUAUGCUACUUCUUCUACAAGAACAUAGCUUUUGGCUUUACUAUCUUCUUCUAUGGGAUAUAUACCUCAUUCUCAGGACAAGCUCUUUACAACGAUUGGUAUCUGUCGCUAUACAAUGUCUUCUUCACUUCUCUUCCUGUAGUUGCCUUGGGAGUGUUUGAUCAAGAUGUCUCAUCUAGAUUAUGUAUCAAGUUCCCAUUACUAUAUCAAGAAGGUGUACAAAACAUCCUCUUUAGCUGGCUCCGGAUACUAGGAUGGGCUUUUAACGGGUUACUAAGUGCCGUCUUGAUCUUCUUCUUCUGCAACCAAGCUAUGGAGAGUCAAGCAUUCCGCAACGGUGGAGAAGUAGCUAGCUUGGAUAUCCUUGGAACCACCAUGUACACUUGUGUAGUGUGUGUUGUCAACUGUCAAAUGGCACUGUCCGUCAACUAUUUCACAUACAUACAACAUCUCUUCAUAUGGGGUGGCAUUGCAUUUUGGUACAUUUUCCAAUUGGCAUAUGGAGCCUUGACCCCAUCCCUCUCAACCACUGCCUAUCAAGUCUUCAUUGAAGCAUGUGCACCAUCUCCAUCUUACUGGCUUAUAACCCUCUUUGUGUUAAUUGCAUCCCUUGCUCCUUACUUCACUUAUGCAUCCAUCCAAAUAAGAUUCUUCCCCACAUACCAUCAGAUGAUUCAGUGGAUGAGAAAAGAUGGGCAAUUGGAUGAUCCUGAGUUCUGUCAUAUUGUGAGGCAAAGAUCAAUUAGGCCCACCACAGUAGGAUACACAGCCAGGAUUGAAGCACAGUCCAAACGCUUUGAAUUCAAGCCUGAAGUCCUUUGAUGCACAUAAAAAAAUUUAUUUCUUGCUUCAUCAUCAAAAGUUCUCACCCAAGGUAUUGCUGUACAUUUGUUCAAAAGAGAGUUUCUCUUUUUUCUCUUUGUACAUAUCUAAUGCAUAUUGCAGACGUUUUCUCUCUUUCUUCUGCUGCUUGUAAAGAAAGAGUCUACCAACCACGAAGGCUUAAAGAAGAUAUAUACCUUCAGGUUGCCUCUUUCUGCUUAACGCAGACCUAGCUUUGAAUUUUUGAUACAUUAAUUUAUUUUUUUAUAGCCUUUCAUGACAGUAGAUGUACUGUUUAGUAAAUGUACCAUACAAGAAGCAAAAUUAGUUUAUUCUGUAAUGUGUAAAAUAGAAAAUAAGAGCAUUUUGUUUCCUUGAUGUAUAUUAACGAAUUUAGUUCAUUAUUAAUGAUCUUUAAUAUGUUUGAUAA